AUGUCGGAUUACGGGGACGACGGCGGCUAUGGCCGGGACGAGCCUGACGAUACCUUCUACGAACCUGAGGAGAAUAUCGAAGACGAAAUGCCUCCGGAUGCCGAAGUCGACGAAGAAGCCAUCGAAGCGCAGGCGAGAGAGGAAGAGGGCGAAGAGCGAACCGUUGUGACUGCCGAUCCAAACCAAAAUGUCCAGAAACCCUCCAGCGAUGCCGACAAGAAGAUCCCCGAUGACAAGAGGACUACUACUCCCUACAUGACAAAAUAUGAGCGUGCGAGGGUGCUUGGUACCAGGGCAUUGCAGAUCAGCAUGAAUGCUCCUGUGCUAGUCGAUCUAGAGGGCGAAACAGAUCCAUUGCAGAUUGCGAUUAAGGAGCUGAAUCAGAAAAAGAUCCCCCUCAUUGUCCGCCGUUAUUUGCCUGACGGAUGGUAUGAAGACUGGACAUGCGAAGAAUUGCUGUGA